AGAGCGGAAGUGGUGGCCGGAGCGGAAGUGCAGCUGCCGCCGCCACCGCUGCCGCCGAUUCCGGAGCCCGGUAGCCGCCGCCGCCGCCGCCGCCGCCGCCACUGCACCUACGAUCGCCGCCAGCACCGCCUGAGGAGUGAGCCCGGGAAGGACGCAGUCGCUGCCCUCCGAUCUUCCCGGAAGCGCCUUUGCUCCCGCUAGUCCUCCGCGAGAAUGACCAUGGACAAAAGCGAGCUGGUGCAGAAAGCCAAGCUUGCUGAGCAGGCCGAGCGCUAUGACGACAUGGCUGCGGCUAUGAAGGCCGUAACGGAACAGGGGCACGAACUCUCCAAUGAAGAGAGGAAUCUGCUCUCUGUUGCCUACAAGAAUGUGGUGGGCGCCCGCCGUUCUUCCUGGCGUGUCAUCUCCAGCAUCGAACAGAAAACAGAGAGGAAUGAGAAGAAGCAGCAGAUGGGCAAAGAGUACCGGGAGAAGAUCGAGGCCGAGCUGCAGGACAUCUGCAAUGACGUGCUGGAGCUGUUGGACAAAUAUCUCAUUGUCAAUGCUACACAGGCAGAAAGCAAAGUGUUCUACUUAAAAAUGAAAGGAGACUAUUUUAGGUAUCUUUCUGAAGUUGCAUCUGGAGAUAAUAAACAAACCACGGUGUCAAACUCCCAGCAGGCUUACCAAGAAGCAUUUGAAAUCAGCAAGAAAGAAAUGCAGCCUACACACCCCAUUCGCCUCGGCCUGGCACUGAAUUUCUCAGUCUUUUACUAUGAGAUUCUAAACUCUCCUGAAAAGGCCUGCAGCCUGGCCAAAACGGCAUUUGAUGAAGCCAUUGCUGAAUUGGAUACCCUGAAUGAAGAGUCUUACAAAGACAGCACCCUGAUCAUGCAGCUGCUGAGGGACAAUCUCACCCUGUGGACGUCAGAAAACCAGGGGGAUGAAGGAGAUGCUGGAGAGGGAGAGAACUAAUGUCUGCUGUGCUCUGUGAUCUGUUUGGUGUCACUUUGUAUCCUCCACAUUAUGUCCCUUUGUGCGAUAAACAAAAACAAAAAAAUCGAAUGUGGACUUUCGAUUUUUCACAGCCUAAGCCUUGCAAAAAUGGUCCCUGGGAUGAACAGCUGGUAUUUGUAUCUAAAACUCAGGCUGGUCCCUUAAAUGCCAUGGUAUUUUGAAGUCUUGAUUUUGAUCAGCAUUGACAAGGAUUACUGUGUUUAAUUCUUACAAACUGAACACUGUGAUUAUGGGGUUUUAUAACUUAGCAGAGCUCUUUCUGGUAGGAAAAAUAGACCUGAAUUAUGUGUAACUUUUUGGAAAGUUUAAUCUGAUAUCAAAAUUCUCACUGAAAUACAAUUCUGUUGUAAAGUUGUACAGAAAGUUAUAGACAUUCUGUUGUGAUGCUGGGACUUGAGUGAGAUGCUUACUUACCAUUGACAUCCUGAGUUUGGUAACUCAUGGUAAUUCUGCCUGUGGUUGAGGGCUUAUUGACCCUUGAUCAUUUUGGUCUGUCGCCACUCAAAAGUUCAUGACCACAAAUAUCUGCAGUGUUUUCCGAGGAAACUCAAAACCUGAAAGUGAACUUCUUUGGCUGAUAAUCGGCUGUGACACCACAAAAAUGUCCUGUGCUCAUACCACAUGUGUGACUAAACCCCUGUACUGUAGCAGUGUGUUCCUGGUUAGCAACGUAUGAAAACAGGGCUGUUACCCCCUUGCUAAAGGAGAGGGGGAAACAUAGAGAAAGUAGUGUAUCUUACAAAUGGCCAUCCCAGUUUUCUGGAUGAUUCUGGGAGGCGCACCCCCCCUCCCUCCCUCCUUCUCUCCUCUUUCUCUCCUCUCCUCUUCUCCUCCUCCUCCUCCUCCUUCUUCUUCUUCUUCUUCCUUCUUCUUCUUCUUCUUCUUCUUCUUCUUCUUCUUCUUCUUCUUCUUCUUCUUCUUCUUCUUCUUCUUCUUCUCUCUCUCUCUCUCUCUCUCUCUCUCUCUCUCUCUCUCUCUCUCUCUCUCUCUCUCUCUCCCCCCUGAGGAACACCCAUGGUCUUGGGGUUCUUCCUAGCUUGGAGGGUGGAAGCUUUGAAAUUCAACAUUCUUUCUGCCCUGUUCUUCUGACUGUUGACUUUUUUCCUUUUUAAAUUUACAGCUUUCUGCUUCCUUGGGUGGUUUUCUUUGGAAGCCUUUAUUAGUCAAUACUGUAUGAGCAGGGCAGGGUGUUGAGUGCGUGAUGAGCAAGCUUUGCUUUAAGGCCUUGAGAAAGAAGACCUUCCAGCACCACUGCCCAGCCUUCCUCCAGUUCUCAGCACAGUUCUUCAUAGUGUUACCCAAAUCAAAAAAAAAAAAAAAAAAGUAUUUUUAAGUCUCAAUGAUUUCCCCCUGCCCAUGAUUGCACCCAGCCCUGACAAUGCUUGUUAGUGCCUGUCACCAGACCCCUGUCACCAGACUCCAGUGUACUCAUCCAGCUCUGUUCUCAGACACGUCUCAACAAGACCUUAGAACACAGGGAUGUUGCAUGGACACUACAGUAGAGAGAACCAUGAACAGCCAGGCCUUCAGUCUCACAGUCUCACCCCUCCACCUUGACAUUCCAUGUAGCCAUAGCUGUAGAGUUCAUCUGUUUGUCCAUCUGCUGAAAUACGAAAAGAAUUCAUGCACUGAUUUAAACCAAAAAAAAAAAAAAAAAAAACCCACAAAAAAAUCUCUUUUUAGCUGAACAAAAAAUGUGCAGUUAAUAUUUGGCGCUUGACAACGCAGUAGUGCGUGUGGAACCAAGCCUGUCUGUAUAUCUGGUAGCUCUUUGCUCUGUUCUCUUUCCUUACCAGUAUUCUGCCUAAUGUUUGCUUCUGUGGUGGUUAUAUUUGCCUAGCAAGCACACCCGUGGUUGUGAAAAUAGGAUAGCAAAAAGAAAAAGAAACCCCCAGUUACUGAUGUGCUAGAUCCGUGUAUGUCUUUUAAACAUUCUAGUUUCACCUUACACAGAGUAAUCAGGAAAAUGUAAAAACUCAAAAGUGAAAUAAAACAUUUUAUCAGUUA